ACACAGUCUUCCGCACGGGGGUCAGGUGGUAGUGUGUACUUCUCUCGGUACAGUUUGAAGCAAUACCGCUGCGUCUCAGCCUCACUGUAAGGACUGUAAGAUCUUACAGGAGGUGACGCCAGUGAUGUAUUGCUAUAAAAAGAAAAGGCUGUCGAUCAGUGUACGUGUCUGACUGUAUGUGGUAAAACGGAAAAUCCCUAAAACAAAUUUUUAAGUGUCAUUGUAUAAAAGUCGAUUGCUCAUGCUUACUGUUUCUAAGUGGAAUCAAAGUGUAAAGUGUUUGAAAUCAACCUGCGCAACUUAAAAAGAAACAGUAGAGCAGUGUAAGUGUUCAAGUGCAUUUGGUAAAAGUAAAAAUACCUAAAUCAAAGGUAAAGUGUCAGUAUAUAAGUGUCGAUUACUCAUGUUUACUUCUCCUGAGUUGACACACAGUGUAAAGAGCUCACAGAUGCCUUGAAAUCAACCUGUGCAACUUGAAAAAAUAAAAAAAUUAAUUGAGUGCAGUCAAACGGAAAAUAACUUAAACAAAGGUUAUAACGUGUCCGCGUAUAGGUGUGGAUCAGCCAUGGUUGUUGGUAUCAAGUUAAAACAAAGUGUCCAGUGCUCACACAUGUGUUUGAAAUCAACCAGUGCAACUUAAAAAUUAUGACAGUUCUCUAAACGCCAUAUUUUUAUAUUUUCAUAAAGAAAUACAUCAAUCUUAUGGCGUAUUUCCCGUAAGGACAAAAAUCAGUAUAUCCUAUUUAGGACCGUCGGAGGCAAUUUCACCUUUGACACCGUCGUCCUUAAAGGUCCUUGCGGGUCCUCGCUGGUCUCCUUCGGGUGUAGAAGGAUCAGGGAAGGACAUUAUACAUCUGUGGCGAAGGUUUUUUUUUUUGGCGUGUGGGAGGGUCCCGGUAAUUACGCAACGAACUCAAGAUGUUCUUUUCAGCAACGGCGCUAAGGUUAAUAAAAUUUGACCUCCAUGCAAACAAGAGAGUGAAAAACGCCGUGAACUAAAAUGUCUACCCAAAAAUGACACUGUUGUCUGUGUAAUGUGACCCGUGAUGACCUCAAAGACGAUGCUGGUCAAAACUAGGCCUAGUGACUCCUCCAGUCAGUGGUAGGAGCGUCCGACAACCCCACCCCACCCUGGUCGAGCAACUCCUCCCGCGGAAGGCGCUGCAGGGCGUCGGCAUGCACCUCCCACGCCGCCUCUGCAGCCUCGUCGGGAUCUUCUGCGUCUCCCUGUGCUGCCUCUUCUACGUCGCCGACUACUACGACUACUACUACGCCCGCACGGCGGCGCUGAGCAAGCCGCCCCAGUCGUCGUCGCUGGAGGAUGACGAGGGCGGCGGCGGCGGCGGCGGAGGUGGCGUCGAGGAGCCGCGGAUCCUGCCGGUGUCCUACGUCGACCUGCAGGAGAACAACAACCUGACGGCCGACCCGUUGGACUGGAAGGACCGGCAGAGGCUGAAGUUGGCCCAGAGGGCGGCGCGCGACAAGAGACGGAAGAAGUGCAGGAAGCGGAUCAAUGGGAAAUGCAGGAAGCUUCAGACGGAGCGGGACCUGCAGUUCUACGAAGAGGGGGAGGAGGAGGAGGAGGAGGCAGAAGAAGAAGAAGAAGAAGGACGAGGAGUAGGAGUAGGAGGAGGAGGAGGAGGAACAGGGAUGGAAGAGAAGAGCAGCCUUCCAGCGGUGGUCGUCGAUGAAGGCAGUUACAAUAGCCUGGAAAAUGGUUCGCUGGAAGUGUCCCCCGUCUGGAGCGAGUUCGCUGAUAGAGGAUACACUAUUGUCGGUGAAGGCGGUUCUGCCAUGCGUCGUCUUCCCCAGGUGCUGAUCAUCGGCGUGAAGAAGGCGGGCACGCGUGCCCUCCUGGCGUUCCUGAGGGUACACCCUUCCAUUCGGGCGGCAGGGCCCGAGAUCCACUUCUUCGAUAGGUUCUAUCACAGGGGACUCGCCUGGUACAGGAGCCAGAUGCCCCCAAGCCUGGAGGGCCAGCUGACGGUGGAGAAGACGCCCGCGUACUUCACCACCCCGGAGGUUCCCGCCCGAGUGAAGACGGACCUCCCCGACGUCCGGCUCCUACUCGUCGUCAGGGAUCCUGUCACAAGGGCCAUAUCAGACUACGCUCAGGGACUCAGCAAACACGGCUUCCGGAAGUCCUUCGAGGAGCUGGCCUUCGUCAACGUCACGACGGGCCUGGUCAACUCGAACUGGGGUCCAAUCAACGGGGGGCUCUACGCCAAACACCUGAAGAGGUGGUACGAGUACUUCCCCCGCUCCAGCAUCCACUUCGUCAGCGGGGAGAACCUCGUCCACGAUCCGGCCGCGGAGCUCGCCAAAGUUCAGGAAUUCCUGGGCCUGCGGAGGGUGAUCACGGACAAGCACUUCUUCUUCAACGCGACGAAGGGCUUCCCCUGCCUGGUGAAGCGCGAGAGGAGCGGACGCCCCCACUGCCUGGGCUCGUCCAAAGGGCGCUCCCAUCCCUCCGUCUCCGAAGCUACCUCGGAAACCCUCAGGGAUUUUUAUAGGCCCUUCAAUUUCAAGUUUUUCAAGAUGGCGGGGCAGAGGUUCCACUGGUAGCUUGCUUGUUUUACGUCACCAGGGGUUGGGGAGGGGAGGGGGAUG